AGGUCCAUAGAGAGGUAGUUCAGAGCUCUAGCAAGAGCAACAGCCAAUAUCAUUAACCGAGAUAUUUUAUCAAAUAUAUUUCACCAAUGGAUCCUUUGGUUGUGGCUCAUGUCAUACGUGAUGUGUUGGAUCCCUUUACACCAACCGUUCCACUCAGAAUAACAUACAACAAUAGGCUACUUCUGGCAGGUGCUGAGCUGAAGCCAUCUGCGGUUUUAAGUAAACCACGAGUUGAUCUUGGUGGCAGUGACAUGAGGGUUUUCUACACCCUGGUACUGAUCGACCCGGAUGCCCCAAGUCCGAGCCAUCCCUCUCUAAGGGAGUACUUGCAUUGGAUGGUGGUAGAUAUUCCAGAAACAACUAGCGUCAGCUUUGGCAAAGAGCUAGUAUUUUAUGAGAGACCAGAGCCAAGAUCUGGCAUCCACAGGAUGGUAUUUGGGCUGUUCCGGCAACUUGGCAGGGACACAGUUUUUGCACCAGAAAUGCGCCACAACUUCAACUGCAGAAGCUUUGCACGGCAAUAUCACCUCAAUAUUGCCGCUGCCACAUAUUUCAACUGUCAAAGGGAAGCUGGGUCGGGCGGAAGAAGGUUUAGGGAUGAGUAGAGACCAUAGACCGCUGCAUGGUCACACUGGAGAAAUAUCAUCAAUAAUGUGCCCUAUAUUGAACGGCAAUGCACCACUUCUAUAUGCUGCAUGGUAUGUAUUGUAAGCUAUUAUUGUAUUGACUUGAGGGAUUGAGAGCUUAAUCUCUUAAUGGAAUAUUGCCCAGUUACUAGUAAUAUAUCAUGAUUUAAUCGGACGGUAUUCUCUAACGUGAUACCAAUACAGCUUCAAGCUCUUACAAGAGUACCUGCUUUUCUCAACAGGUAUUAACAAACCCAGAACAACCUAAAUCAUCCAAAAUAUGUUUCAAGGAAAACCAAAGAUGCAAACAUAACAGAUUUACAUUAUUCCAAACUUCAAUCAGAAGUACACUUAUUCCAAUUGAAAGUGGUGCCGGUGAUAUGAACCAGGUGCUUAGAAAGUAAACAGCAAAGGCGAAGCAUUACUUAUUCGCAAACUUGACUUACAGCAGAAUCACCAUGGAGAGGAAACUAAUCACUUCUUUUCGA